AUGUCCGCCCCGGACGGGUGCGCAAAAGGGCCAAAACACCCAGCCGCCUUCCGGCACAGUUCCACCCCUUGUUGCCGGGGGACCGCAUUCCGCGACGCACCCUGCGGCCGGAAGCGCAUAUCGGCGCCCGCACAGGAAGUGUGGUGGGACCUCAUUCCCCGACGGAUCUGGAGGUCGGAAGUGCCCGGGGCCGGGGCGAUGGCGCUGCACGGGGGCUCUCGAAGAGAAGCGUGGUUGACUGUCCCCGGGCGGGGCGGGGCACUUGGGGCCUGGCUGCGCCUCCCGGGGGGCCUGAACUCGCUGGAGCAGCGGUCCCCGCGGCAGCACGUGCGCUUCCUGCCGGGCUUCGUGGAAGGAGAGGCGGGCAAGGAGCUGACCCCGGUAGCCACCCGCCUGCCCGUGCUGGCCGACCACCCGCUGGUGAAAGGACCGAGGUUCACUCGCUUGAAAGUUGGAGCAGGCCACCGGCUGGAUGUAAAGUCUUCUGGAGUGUUUGUGCUUGGAGUGGGCCAGGGCUGCAGGCUGCUCACAGACAUGUACAAUGCCCAUUUUACUAAGGAUUACACUGUUCGUGGUCUGUUUGGCAAAGCCACAGAUGACUUCUCCGAUACAGGAAAGCUAAUAGAGAAGACAACAUUUGAUCACAUCACAAGAGAAAAGCUGGAAAGGAUUCUUGCUGUCAUUCAGGGAAGCAAUCAUAAAGCUCUACUGACGUACGCUAACAUUGACCUGAAAACCCAAGAGGCCUAUGAGCUGGCAGUUAAAGGGUUACUUCGCCCUACAGAGAAAAGUCCUCCGUUAAUCACAGCGAUUCGCUGCCUUGAGUUUGCUCCUCCAGAAUUCCAACUAGAAAUCCAGUGCUUGCACGAGACUCAGCAGUACCUCCGAAAGAUAGUUCAUGAAAUUGGCUUGGAGCUGAAGUCAACUGCUGUGUGCACACAAGUGCGAAGGACCCGGGAUGGCUUCUUCACACUGGACAAGGCUCUUCUGAGAACACAUUGGGACAUGGAGAAUAUCCAGAAAGCAAUUCAAGACUCCAGGCUCACAGUGCAAACAGAACUCGAGAAAAGUUUAGGCCACCUGGAAAGGGCUGCUUAUGAUGAACAUAUCGAGAUGGACCAGGUUGAAGAGGGUGACGCAUCAAGAUAGCCCAGUGUUUGGGGGACACCUGCCAGCAGCCUCUCAUAAACAAGAUAGCCACGUGUUAACCAGAAGGGUGAACAAUAAUAGAUAGGAAAGAGAGUAAUCCACAACUAGCCUUUCUUCGGAUGGCCCUUAGCUUAGCAGGAGUUGUUUGUUUUCAUCCAACAUGUCUCCAUUGAGAGGCAAAAUAUUUUCUUUUAAAGUGUUGCACAACAGUAUAGUGAGAUCACUGACAUCUAAGAUAGCUUUGCAUUUACUUCCAAAGCCAACCCCCCGCUGAUGUUACUGGGAAGGUUCUGUUGGUAAGGACUGAUAGAGUGGAAAUACAUACCAGUGUGUUGCAGGCUGUGCUUCUUCUACUGCAUGCUUACUUUAUUUUGCUCUUUGUAAUGAGAAGUGCAGCCUAGCUAUAGGAAUUCUUUCCCCAAAUACAAAGGUUUUGUAUGAUAACAUAGGGUAUAGAUCAACCCUAUUUUCAUAUGUUGAAGGUGUAAAGAGCUAUUGGUCAAACCAAAAAAAUGAACCUGUGCAAGGAAGAUGUAAGAUUUGAGUGAGGCAAAACUUUCCUAGGAAGGGGAAUGCUUCAUUUGGCUUCUUCACUAAUCUCAACAAGAAGGCGAGGUAAGCUUGUGCAAAGGAAUUCAGGAGUAGGAUAUAAAAGCAAGAAAUAGGCUGGAAGAAAUUCAGAUUCAGUGCAAAAUAUUUAUGUGGAAAGAUGCUGCUCCAUGGUACCGACAUUUUAAAAUGAACAGGACCAAAAUCCCUGUGAUUCCCAACAUCUUGUGGAUUUAUCCUGCCCUACUGAGUUAACAGAAUGGUCAGUAUAACAUAGCUGUACAAACUAGCUGACAGAGGUGUGACCACUUUAAGGCUACAACUUACUAUUGAAAAUGCACCAUAAAUUGCCUGUUGUAGUUGAUCACUGCUAAUUUAUUUCUAAAACAUGCAGAUCCAAGCACAAUGCCAGAUGUACUAAAGCAGCUGCAAUCUGAAGUCUCAGAGUACCAAUUGCUGUAGUAUGCAAGUUUGGUUUUGACAUAAGGAAAGGCUGAUGUGAGGGAUGGGCAUUAAUAACAAUAUCCCAUUUUAGAUUCGCCACUGUUGUUUUCAAGGUUAUGUCCUAACAGGUACCUAGUGACUCUGCAGAUUUGCAUGCAAGCAAUACAGGAUUUCUGCUACGAGAAAAGAUUCUGCCUUUACCUCUUUUAGGCUCUGCCUGGGGCACUUGUAGAUACAAUUCUUUCUUUGAAGAUGUACCCAGACAGCUGUUAAAGGUGAGGUGUUACUCUGUGGUCUCACAGUGGAUAAUCCCCAGUGAAGCAAGUGUUUAACAGUGAUGGCUGAUCUUGUUUCUGUGUUUGUUUAUUUUUUUAAAGGAAUUUUAACUAAAUCCAUAGAUCUUUUGCCUUUUUUAGCUAUCUCCAAGGUUUUCUGGAUAAUGAUCAGAAGCCCAGCCAAAGCAGCACUAGGGCUCUCCUGCCACCUUAUGGUGGAAGAGCAUAAACACUUCUCUGGAACAGCUGGCGUGAACUCAGUAAAACUGCUAGUGUAUUUGCUCUUAUUCCUUGUUAAUAAGCAGUAUUUGUCUAUGAUGCUAGGUGCCAUCUAAUGAACAUCCUUUCUACAGACAGUUAUUGAUGCAGGCUGAAAUUUAAACAGGACAGGGCAAUUAGGGUUUACAGAGCAGGGAGAGAGGCUGAAGAGUAGAAACAACAUCCAGCUUGCAGAAAAAUGGGCAACAAGUAUCAUAGAUGUUAGGGCUGGAAGGGACCUCUAAGAUUAUUGGUUCCAGCCCCCUGCCCAAAGGGCAGAAAGUCAGGUAGGGUCAAAGGAUCCCAGCAAGAUAAGCAUCCAGCUGUUUCUUAAAGGUGUCCAGAGUAGGUGUCUACACCACCUGUGGGGGGAGUCUGUUCCAGGCCUUGGGGACUCGGACUGUAAAGAAGUUUUUCCUUAUGUCCAGCCUAAAGUGGUCUUGCGGAAGUUUGUGACACUUAGACCUUAUCAUCCCUUGGGGUGCUUGGUGAACAGUUGUUCCCCCAGAUCCUGAUGCACACCCCGAUGUACUUACAGGCUGCCACCAAGUCACCCCUGAGCCUGCCUUUUUCCUGGCUGAAGAGUCCCAUAGCUCAGAGCCUCUCUAUCUGCUCACUAGAGACCACUUCCCUCCAGAGCCCAGGACAGAAAUCAGGAUCCUCAAGUAUUACAUGAUCACCAGGGAUCCGAGUUUUGUUUCAUGCAGAAAAAUAAGUAUUUUUUCCCUUUAAAAUCAGGAAACUGCUGGCAGGGAGCAAGCAGGGGGCAGCAGGCAAAUAUGGCCAAGCCACUAGGGGAUGCUGCCCAGCUGCAGAGCAGUGGCUUUCCCUCACCCCCACCAGCAGGGGCUUGGUCCUCUUGUGCCCAGAACCCACUGCUAUGAGGGAGGGGACAGGCCUCCCAGAGGUGUUAGGUGGAUCCUUCCUGCCACCGCACCGAGACUCUCAGCCAUGCAAUGGGUCUCCUUGGCACCCCUGCAGCAGCAGGUCCCGGACAGGGCAACGAGCUCCCUGUGCCUUCGAUCAUGUUUGUGCCACUGCAGCCCAAACCUGGUAGUAUCCUCCGCACUCCAGGGCCAGGCCCUCCCCAGCUUGCCCCAGGGGGGAGGGGGAAGGGGUCUAGUCCCAGCAGGGCAACAGGUCAGGAGUGAGGGGCAUUGGCAAAGCAAGGGGUGGGGGGUGACUAUGGCUUAGGAGUGAGCGCCAAUGGCAUGGGCAGGGCACUGGCUUAUCAGAGCUAUUCAGUACCGCAAAGCAGCAGGGGAGACGGCUACAGCUAGCCCCAUGUCCUGGUAAGCAAAGGAGGCAGGGGGAGCUCCAAUUUCCCAUGAUAAAAAAAACAAAAUCAAACACCAAAAUAUACAGGUAUGUAAACAUUUUUAUAAUGAUUAAGGCACCAGUAGGCUUCCAAAUUGCUUUAGAACUGUAAAUUUAUCAAUAAAACACUGUAGUCAACUGAUACCUAUAUAGAAUAGCAUUUCAGUUUAAUCAUGGAAAAACAGGGAUUUUAAUCAGAGAGUUUUGGGGGUUUUAUCAGAGAAAACCGGGAUCCCUGGAUCACAUGACUUUUCUGCAGGACUCCAUCCAUGGAGUUUAGGUCCCUAGCAGAAUGCAUAGGCAGAAGAGGAAAGCAUCAAGGUAACAGAAAAAAAAUGCCACAAUGUAAGGUUAUCAACUCUAAUGCCCUACUUUGCAGCCUUACUAUUCUCUGCUACAAGUUUUGCUCAUCUCAAGAUGCUGCUGAAGUUAGCUGCAACCAGGCACCUGGAAAUCAGGAGAGGGUCUCUCCUUGUGUCCACUGUUGCCUGCAGCUGGCAGCAUUGGUGCUAAUACUGACCGCAUUGCUGCCUCUCGGGAAGUGUCUGUCUACAAGUUAGUUCACUACCAGGGAACAUGAUAGCAUUCUCCUUAGCAUCUCUACAGGCUGGUAAAGGGAGUGGCUGAGA